AUGUCCACCCGGAAGCGCACCCGUGACGAGGAGGAUGAGGAAGAGCUCGUCUCCCUCCCCGAAGAGGAUGAUGGAGAAGAGGAAGAAGAAUACGUCUCUACUGGAGACGAAGAUGACAACGAAGAAGACGACGGAGAAGAGGAGGAGGAGGAGGAGGGUGACGAGGAAGAAGAAGAAGAGGGAGACGCCGAAGAAGCUGCUGAGGGUGCAGAUGCCCCAGUGAAUGGCGCCCAACCACCUCACAAGAAGCGCAAGACGGUUGAGGAAGAGGUUGCCAACGGCGAGGGCGCCGACGAGGAAGAUGCAGAGGAGCAAGAAGAAGAGGAGGCAGCAGAGGACGACGCCGAAGAGGCCGACGAAGACGAGGCCGAGGAAGAGGCCACUGAAGCUGCUGCUGAAGCUGCCGCCCCAGCCAAGGAGGUCAAGGCCCCGGAGGUUGCCAAGGCCACAGACACGCCAGAGCCCAAGGCGGUGACUGCUGGAGGCGACGAGUAA